CGCAAGUGGGAGGUGUUCCCGGGCCGCAAUCGCUUCUACUGCGGCGGCCGCCUCAUGCUGGCCGGCCACGGCGGCGUCUUCGCGCUCACGCUGCUGCUCAUCCUCACCACUACCGGCCUCUUCUUCGUCUUCGACUGUCCCUACCUGGCCCGCAAGCUGACCCUUGCCAUCCCCAUCAUCGCUGCCAUCCUCUUCUUCUUCGUCAUGAGCUGCCUGCUGCAGACAAGCUUCACCGACCCUGGGAUCCUGCCCCGGGCUACUGUCUGUGAAGCAGCCGCCCUGGAGAAACAGAUCGACAACACAGGCAGUUCUACAUACCGGCCACCCCCUCGGACCCGGGAGGUGCUGAUCAAUGGGCAGAUGGUGAAGCUAAAGUACUGCUUCACCUGCAAGAUGUUUCGGCCACCCCGAACCUCACACUGCAGUGUCUGUGACAACUGUGUGGAACGAUUUGACCAUCACUGCCCCUGGGUGGGCAACUGUGUGGGGAGACGGAACUAUCGCUUCUUCUACGCGUUUAUUCUCUCCCUCUCAUUCCUGACGGCCUUCAUCUUCGCCUGCGUGGUCACCCACCUGACGUUGCGUGCUCAGGGAAGCAACUUCCUCUCCACUCUGAAGGAGACACCAGCAAGCGUGCUGGAGUUGGUCAUCUGCUUCUUCUCCAUCUGGUCCAUUCUGGGCCUCUCAGGGUUUCACACGUACCUCGUCGCCUCCAACCUGACUACUAAUGAAGACAUCAAAGGCUCGUGGUCCAGCAAGAGGGGCGGCGAGGCCUCUGUCAACCCCUACAGCCAUAAAAGUAUUAUCGCCAACUGCUGCGCUGUGCUGUGUGGCCCCCUACCUCCCAGCCUGAUUGACCGGAGGGGAUUUGUGCAGUCUGACACCGUGUUGCCCUCACCCAUCAGAAGCGAUGACCCAGCCUGCAGAGCCAAGCCUGACGCCAGCAUGGAGGACACCUGUCAGGAUUUUGCCAUCUCCUGCACAGCCUGAGGGGAGCUAACAGGUCUCUUUGCAGAGGGUUAGCGGUGUGUGCGGGGGCUUAAAGACCUCCUGAGGACCGCUGCUCUCUGCCUCUCCAGGAGUGGCCUGGGGGGAGCCAGGCACCCGGCACCUCCACCUGCCUAACCUGUGGCCCAUCUGCCACCAUCUGUGCCUACAGGGUCUGCCCCCAAGCCUGCCCUGCCUGUGUGCUCUCUAGGGCCCCCAUAGGGGGCAGGGGCUGGACUCUGCCCCACUCCCGCUCCAUGCCGGCCAGAGUGUAGAAAGCCAUAACGCAGCCAUCAGCACAAUAAUGUGACUCUAUGCUGAAAUGCUCCCUCUCUCUUCCACUGACUUCCCCUUCCCCGGAUUUGUGAGGUGUCAAGACUCUAGGAAUCUGGCCUUACAGCCUGUCCCUCCACCCCCUCAGAUCAGGCAUAGCCAUAGUCAAGCCCAGCAGGUUUCCUCAGGAACUGUCUGGGGUGUUGAUGGUGGAUGACGCUGCUGAACAAGUUUGGUGACUGUUCUAAGCACAACUGGCUUGACACUGUUCCCACGGCCUGUCCACCUCCCACCCCCAACCCUCCACCGGAGUAGGUAAGAUGUAGGGAGGGUGCGUGCCUCCUUUGCUCUAGGCACCGAGGGACCGAGCCAGCUGUGCACAGCCCCAUACGCUUCAGGGGACUAAAGGAAACAGCUGGUCCAAGGAAAAUCAGCUGAGCCCAGGGCUGGGGGUUGCUUGUCUGCUAUCCUGUACGUUUUUUUAACCAAAAUAAAGAUUCCCCUUUUCUUGCCAUACCA